GAAAAAUCGGUAUUUUAGAGAUCAGCAAAUGAAUUCAUGAUCAAAAUUCAAGAUAUAGACUUAAUUAAAAAGAAAAUUGACCGCUUCAUUCAGACCUUCGAUAUUGGCUGAAAUUAGAAGCAAGCAUAGUGGAGCAUUUUACCAACGCAAUUGAUGGAGACCCGAAUCCUGUUUUUAGGUAUUCUGUGUCAAACUAAUGCUUAAUUAACUGAAAAGUCUUUAAUUAAAGGAUUAUAGAAAAGAAUUCAUAUAAUUCUAUGGUAGGGUAAGGUACUCUGGGUCAAAUUACAAAAUACCAUCAGUAAUCUAAAAUUUUAUCGAGAUGUCAAAGGUGCAUGAAAUAUAUAAAGCUCCUCUUCCAUUUUCAUUAGCUCCACCGCUGCCUCCUAUAAUUCCCACAAAUCCUAUCACUUGGAUUCCCUAUAUUUAUUAUUACUUAUUUUCGAGGACACCUAAACAAAUCCCUGUACAAUGUUCAGUGGACGUCGGUACUUUAAGCUGUCUGGUAACAGACAAAGAAAGUAUAAAGAGACUCUGGACAAGCGGAUUCUUUGGAAAAGGGAAUCUUUCCAGAAGUGAGCCAACGUGGCACGUUCGAACAAAGCGAUCGCUAGGUCUUUUGGGUUUCGAUGAAGACUUGGUGGCCGAAGAGAUAACUGCAAGAAGAAGGUUGCAAAGAAAACGAUUUAAAGCGCAACGAGCAUAUAGGGAACAAUGUGCGCGGCAACGUCAAUUGUGUAUUGAACGUGGAGAAGAAGUCCCAGAUUAUCUCAAAGAAGAUGCCGAGCUCCCAAAAGAAUUAACCGAACCUCUUUCUUCAUCUUUGUCUGCUCAAAAUCCCUCUGAAGUUACUUUUGUGCCCGAACUUGAGCAUUUACAAUUGACAUUUCCUGAGGCAUUUUUUCUAUCUUCUCUAGGAACUCUAGUUGUUAAUGGGACAGAUAAUUUUUCAUCUACUCCUUUGCUUCACGUCUUUGCCGAGCUUACUGCCAAAUCCCCAGGAUUCAUCACGGAAAUUUGGAACGAAUUCCCUGGUACUUCUUUCAGUCAACUUGAUCCUAGCAAUUACAUUCGUCCAGACAACACAUUCCUUGUAGAGCUUGCUGCAUAUUAUUACUUUCGCCAACAGGGAUGGGUGGUAAAAGGAGGAACAAAAUUCUCAGUGGAUUAUCUUCUCUAUAAGAGAGGCCCUGUGUUCAGUCAUGCAGAAUUGGCAAUUUUAUUACUUCCUUGCAUAGGAGAUUAUCAAAAACAGAAUCUGAAAUGGCAUGAACUGCAUUGCCUUAACCGCACAAUUGGCCAAGUGAAAAAGACUCUUGUAUUAUGCUAUGUUCAGUGUCCAGCACCGGAAAAGUUUAAAGACCUCUGGCAACGGCAAAAGAAUAUGGAUCCAUGGGAAUGGUCAAAAUUAAUCCUCAGUAAUUAUUCUAUUCAAUGCGUGACGUUGCGCCGCUGGGUUCCUGACAGAAACAGGGAUUAAUGAUAACAAAAGAGAAAAAAAGUUAAGAUUUGUGAAUAGAUAUCAAAAAGAUUCGUUCUUUGUGCGUUAAGGAAGUAUUUGAUCGUAAAUAUUAAGCAUAGAUGUAUACCAUGCUUGAACCUUUCUCUUUGCAUCGUCUCCAGGAGAACGCAUUUCCAUAGAUUCACGUAGAUGGUUAGAACGUUGGUGCAGAUGACUAUAUUCUUUUUCAAGUAAAGAACAGUUCUUCCUCAGCUGGUCUAAGCGAACUUCAUCUCUUUCCAACUGUGAGUUGGUAAACUUUAUCGAAUCAUCAGUAACCAAAAGCUCUUGUUCUAAGACAGGAAUCUUUUCCUCUAAGUCUGGAAGAAUGGGCGUCUUAAUUAGGUUAUCUUGGUCCAAGUCCUGUAGCUCUUUUUCCAAUGUUCUCAAUUCGGCUAAUAGUGUUUUUGCUUCUUUGGAUUCUUUUAAUGUUGCAUCGUACUUUUGAGCAAUUUCAUUACACUCAGAAACAAUUUCUUUCUUUAAUGAUUCAACCUCGUCUUUUCGUUGUUUCAAACGAAAUUUCAGCUCUGAUAUCGUAGACUCCAGCUUUUCAUUAUCUUCUGGCUCGACUAGCAGAGGAGGGUCAUCAAGGAUUGCACGUAAAUAUCUUUCUUUUGUUCCUUGUUCGAUAUAUGAAAACUUGAGUUGAGAGAAGAAUUCCUUGUACUUUUUGAGCUCUUGUUCAGUCGAUAAACCUGAUUGCUCAUUUACACUGGACGAAGCUGAUUCAGCCAACGCUUGGGGCCCUUUUGCCAAAAACGAGUCAAUUAAUUUUUCUUGAUUAGAGAAGGACUCUUGCUCCGAGUCCAUACGAGAAUGUUCCGACAUGUUUGAAAUUUUAUCGUGGCAUUGAGAAACCGGAUUGGAAAGAGUGAUUCUUACUUAUUUAUUCUACAAGGAAAAGACUUGAGGUCAUAAGUGUAUACAAACUAUUGAAAUGAUGAAUCCACCUUUCAGAUAGGCAAGAGGUGUAAACAAUAAAUACUAUGAGAGCGAC